GCCGCGUUUACACCGGAGUUGGCAACAAAAAAUUGCCAACUUCGAUUACAGACGCUAGUUGCCGAUGGAAGUCUGCAACAUGUACUUGCAACCUGGGCACAUAGUUUGUUUUUAGGUCUGCAACCUGCAACUUGCAACUAAACUUUACAGUAUGUAGAAAAUCAGACAGUAUGUAGAAUGUCGAGUGCUGAAGAGGUUGUUCUUGCUGCGGCAGCGUGUGUUAUUUUAUCAAAAUGUAAAAAACCCAGAAGAUACUGGGUUCGACCUUCAUUGCAGGCAAGAGCAAAGUAUAGCGGCAGCGAUCUUUUAAAUGAUUUGAAUCGAGAUGAUACAGAUCCUUUGACGGGAGAAUUGAGAUGCGAUGGCAGUGUAAAAAACUUUUUAAGAAUGUCAAGUGACGAUUUUGAAAGUUUAAUUGUUGGUAUUGGACACAUAAUUAGUAAACAGGAUACUAACUACAGGAAAGAAAUUCCAGUGCGAGAAAGAUUGGCUAUUACAUUGCGCUUUUUGGCGAGUGGCGACUCUUAUACUAGUCUCAGUUAUUUUUUUAAAGUUUCCAAAAGUGCGAUAUCUAUUUUAGUGCCAGAGGUUUGUGAGGCUGUUAUAGGUUUCCUGAAGGAUAACAUACAGUCCACUGCCCUGACUUUGGAUUCUGCCACAAUAGUGACUGAUGGCUGAUUUUUGAGAUUAGAAGAACAUACUAAAUUGAUUGGAGCUCACAGUCUUGCACCUUACAACAAACAGCUUUGUACAGAAUUUAUUUC